GCGAAGAUGGAGGACGAUGGGUUCGAUCCGCUCGCCCACGAAGAUGACUAUGUGGGCACUCAAUCUUGGGCAUCCCAGACGCAGCGUGCCAGCACUUCCCGCGGCAGCGGCGGCUUCGACCUAAACUUGCAAGCGGCGGAGGGGUUUCCAGGACUUAGGGCAUACGGGAACUUCCUACAGAGCUCCGAUGUGGACCUCAACCCAUCCAUGGUGCCGCCUCCAUUGCGCGCACCGGCCCCCGCACUGACGGUGCCAACCUCCACCCGGCACCUCAACUUUGGGUCCUCCUCAGCGGGAGCUGGUGGCGGUGUUCCCUACGGUCGCGAUGGCGGGAGCCAGCAGCGUGCCACCAUGGCCCCCGUGAUGCCUCCCCGCCAUGCAGCGAGGAAUGCCGGAGGCAGCCAGCAGGGACGUCGCUCCCGUGCAAUGAGGAAUGUCAGCCGUGGGCAAGCAUCUGUCGCUGGCAAUCUCUACGACAAUUACGAAGAAGAAAUGGAGGGAGACGUGGAGGCGAGCUUCGGUGGUCCCCCGGUGAGCCAAGACCUUCGAGCUCAAUGGUCUGAUGCAAAUAAUGCUUGCUUUUUAGAACUAUGCCUAGUGCAAUGUAUAGCAGGAGCGUAUAAUGGUGCACAAAUGAGUGCUGAUGGGUACCAAGCAAUUGUUGAUGGCUUGUUGGCUAGAAAGAGGUUGGUCUAUAGCAAACAACAGGUGAGGAACCAAAUAGGGAUACUGAAAAACACCCACUCUUUCUGGCGAUACUUGCAAGUGCACACAGGGUUUGGAAGAAAUCCAGAUGGAUCCAUUGAUGCAGAUUCUGAUUUUUGGAAAACACAUAUAGAGAAGAAACCAUACCUCAAGAAGCUGCAAUAUGGUCCUCCAGCAAACUUGUAGUUGCUAGACCAAUUGUGGAGAGGGGUAACAAUUGACGGAAGUGGAGCCUUCGUGGCUGGAGAUGACUAUGGUGAAAAUGAGGGGUAGGAUGUAGGUACUACAGAUGAAGAUCCAUUUCAAGCAACACCUAAUGGCACAAGCAGCCAGAGGAGCAAGAGGUCAUUCGGUAGCACACAAAGCACUUUGUCCAGUCCAGUGAAGAAGAGCAAGAGCCCAAUGGUCAAGAUUGUCAAGGAGAUAGCCCAUACCUUCAAAGAGUCUGUCACAGUCAAUAAUUAGGUGAUACAGAAACAUGCAACUCAGAAGGAAGCCUUUUCUGUUGGGAGGUGUCAGCAGCUGGCCUUUGAGUGUGGCGUUGAGAGGACUGCUGAGUCUGUCUAUGCUAUGUCCAAGCUGUUUCAAAGAGUACCAAAGGGAGUUUUUCUGUGGCCCAUUAUUAACACCUGAGCUUCAGUUGAGUUACUUCCAGAAAUGGUGCAGGGACAACAAUUUGGAGUAGUUAGGGACUACUUGGAGAGCUUCAGUUGAUGUGUCAUGUGUCGAACUAUGCUAUAUGUGUGUUGAUGUGUCCAACUAUGCUAUAUGUGUGUUGAUGUGUCCAACUAUGCUAUAUGUGUUGUGUCGAACUAUAUCUUUUUUUAAAGAAAAGUCGAACUAUAUCUGUGUGUUAUGUCAUGAACUACCUUGGCUAUGUGUUGAACUUAUUUCCAUGUACUGUUUCAAGUUUAGUGGAAGUUUUGA